AUGGCUGAUGACUAUCACAUGCUCGAGGAAUUGGGUUCGGGGUCCUUCGGUGUUGUCUACAAGGCUGUCGAGAAGGCCACUGGAGAUCUGGUCGCCAUCAAACACAUCGAUCUCGAAGGCAGCGACGACGAUAUCCAAGAAAUACAACAAGAGAUCGCUCUUCUGAGCACAUGCUCCAGCGAACAUGUUACAAGAUACAAGGCCAGCUUCGUGCGAGGCGUCAAACUAUGGAUUGUAAUGGAAUAUCUUGGUGGAGGCUCGUGUCUAGAUCUCCUCAAGUCCGGUCCCAUUAACGAGGCUCAGAUCGCCAUCAUUAUGCGCGAGUUGCUGCUUGGUCUUGACUACCUUCAUAAUACAGGGAAAAUUCACAGAGACAUUAAAGCAGCCAAUGUCCUUUUGUCUAGCUCUGGCAGAGUCAAGAUUGCUGACUUUGGAGUCGCUGCACAACUGACCAACAUUCAAUCUCAGCGCCUGACCUUUGUCGGUACCCCAUUCUGGAUGGCGCCCGAGGUUAUUCAGGAGUCAGGCUACGACUUCAAGGCCGACAUCUGGAGUUUGGGUAUCACCGCUAUGGAAUUGGCCAAUGGCGAGCCUCCUCACAGCCAAGUUCAUCCCAUGAAGGUCUUGUUCCUAAUCCCGAAAGAAAGAGCUCCUAGGUUGGAAGGCGGCACCUGGUCCAAGGAAUUCCGCGAUUUUGUUGCCUUGUGUCUGAACAAAGACGCCGACACGCGACCUACGGCCAAGAAUCUCCUCAAGCACAAGUUCAUUCAACGCGCAGGGAGAGUCGACUCCCUCAAGCUGCUUGUCGACAGAGCUCGCAAUCGCAUCGUGAACGACAAGAAGGAUCGCCUCAGAUAUUACGAACAGACUCUACACGAGCUCCAUGCACCAACAGAGGAGGACGAUUGGGUCUUCGACACAGUCAGACCAACGAAAACAUACAACUCUCAGACCGUCAAACCACGCGAGCCUGCACACAUGAUCGCCUGGGAUAGCGACGCCGAAGAUGCAUUCGCGGCGAUGGAGAACCUGGAUCCUUCGCUGGGAGAAUCGCCUUCAUACGACCCGGCUGCCACUAUCCGCACUUCAAAGCACACCUCAAGCUCUCCAUCGCACCAGAUCGACCCCUCUGCGACAACCCGCAAGCAAAAGCAACCUCUAGGACUCGACAUGUCAUUUGGAAACGGAGCUUCGACAGUACGCCAGUUCAAGCGCGUCCCAUCUGGCGGCAGACCGUCGAGCUCCGAUUCAUCACAAACAGCUGUUGACGACAGUGAGAACCAACAUCCUGCUGCUGCCGCCGUCAUGAUGCCUGAUACCAAAGAAGCCAUACUUGGGAGACGGGCCUAUGUCAAGUGUAUCGACCCAGCACUGCAAGAGCUAUACGCCUCCACGGCACCUGGUCCGAAGCAAAUAGCUCUUGCCCGAAUGGCAGAAGCCUGGAAUGUCUUGGAUGAAACAGAUCCUGAAGGCGAACUUCUACUACUCAAGGCCAUCUUCGAGCGAGUUCAGAGAGACCCUAGACUUGCCGCCCAAAUCAUGCCAGCCUCACAACUCGCCUCUCUCCGCAGUAGUGCCUCAGCGAAGAAAACCCCCACCGUCACUGAGAAAGAGAUCACACCUCCUACCUCGCCCCACAAGUUGGAGCCGGCUCCCCAUACUCGUUCGAUUCGUCGACAAAGUGCUUUUGUGGACAGCGAACGCGAAAAAGUCCUUCGCACUGCGAUUCUUGAGGACAAGAUGCCUGGCAAAGUCGAGACCGGUCUCGAACACAUUGGCAUGUUGGCAGAUGCCUUGUAUGGUCGAUGGAGCGAAGGCUUGCGUAUGCGAUGGCCCAACGCAUAA